UGUGUGUGUGUGUGUGUACACCUACAUAAUCUUAGAUUCCUUAGAUUAAGUGAAAUAAUAUGAAUAUGUUGAGUAGUAUGGCAUGGUGAAAGCAAAGAUCUCUUUAUAAAUUAUUUUUUCAUGAAAACUUAUUUUGUUUGAAAUAUUGUGCUUUUUAGGACACAAGAUUUACUUAUAUACAUUCCAAAAUGAAGCAUCUUUUAGAGACUGUCUGUAGAGCUAGUGUUUUCACUAGUUUAUAUACUUUAUAAUUUCAUAAAAUCACUUAUUAUGAGUCAUUAACAUAUAAAAGGGAAGAUAAAAUUUUUUCUUGACUCACUGUGAGGCCUUAGGUAAGACUUUUCUUUGUCUUUAAUUUUUCUUCUUUCAUAGAAAAUAAAAGGCUCAAAUUAAAUUUCCAAGGUCAUUUUUUUUAACUCUAAAUUUGUAAAACUCGGUGAGUACCUGUACCAUUGGAAAUGGAUUGAAACAUUUUAUUAUGAAGUUUAAUUACAUGUGUACCUAAUGACUGCCAACAAACAUCAGGUAAUACUCUUCACUGGAAUGUCAAUAAUGAGUCAGCUACGGGAUUUUCUGUCCGGCAAACAGUAUGCAGUAGGUGAUGAAACUGAUCUUUAUGUACCAAUAUCACCAAUGAGUAAACACAAACAGGAUAAUGAAAAGGUGCAGCUAGUAGCAAGAAAAAUUUUCUUUUCAUAUCUAAACCUGCUAGUGAAUUCAAAGAAUGACCUGGCUCUGGCUCACAUUCUCAAUAUUCCUGAUAGAGGACUUGGAAGAGAAGCCUUCACGGAUUUGAAACAUGCUGCUCGAGAGAAACAAAUGUCUAUCUUUCUGGUGGCUACAUCAUUUAUUAGAACAAUAGAGCUUGGAGGGAAAGGAUAUGCACCAUCACCAUCUGAUCCUUUAAGGAUACAUGUAAAGGGAUUGUCCAAUUUUAUUAAUUUCAUCGACAAAUUAGAUGAGAUUCUUGGAGAAAUAUCAAAUCCAGGCAUUGCAGGGGGUCGAAUUCUGUCAGUGAUAAAGAUGCAGCUGAUUAAAGGCCAUAACAGCAGGGAUCCUUUCUGUAAAGCAGCAGAGGAAGUUGCUCAGGAUUUGGAUUUGAGGAUUAAAAAUAUUAUCAAUUCUCAACAAGGAGGUGUAGCUGUUAGCACCACUGACAUCAGUCCUGCACGGCCAAAAUCUUAUGCCAUAAACCAUGGCACUGCAUACUGUGGCAGAGAUACUGUGAAAACUUUACUAGUUCUUUUGGAUGAAGAAGCAGCUAGUGCUCCUACCAAAAACAAAGCAGAGCUUUUAUAUGAUGAUGAAAACACAAUUCAUCAUAAUGGAACUUCUAUUCUUACACUUUAUAGAUCUCCCACGCAAGUGAAUAAUUCAUUGAUGAAGCCCCUAAGAGAACGUAUCCAUAAAUCAAUACAAGAGAAAAAAGUUAAGAUGAAACAGACCUUAAUUAGAUCCCAGUUUGCUUGUACUUAUAAAGAUGACUACAUGAUAAGCAAGGAUGAUUGGAAUAAUGUUAAUUCAGCAUCAAAACCUUUGUAUGUUCUUCACAUGGAAAAUGCCCUUUCUGAGGGUAUUAAUUCACCUGUUGGAAGAUCAACAAUUGGAACAAGUUUUGGAAAUGUUCAUCUGGACAGGAGUGAAAAUGAAAAAUUAUCAAGAAAAUCAAGUAGUCAGACAGGAAAUAAAACCUCAAAAAGGAAACAGGUGGAUUUGGACGGUGAAAACAUUCUCUGUGAUAAUGGAAAUGACCCACCUCAACAUAAAAAUGUUAAGAUACCUAAGACAUCAAACAAUUCACAUAAUAAAUUGGAAUGCAAACUAGCCAGAGUAGGAAAAGGUAGAAAGUGUACCGCCAAGGACAAGUUGAUUAUUGGCCAGACAAAGUUAACUGAGUAUUUUAGACUAUGAAUUUGUCUUUAUGUGCUUUAGAUUUAUACAUAUUUAAACUAUUCACCAAAGAGACACUUAAUUUUUAAGAUAUUAAGGUGUAAAUGAUGAUGCUCUAUUAUUUGGUCUGGAGUUUAUGUAAGGUUAGUAUGGUUAGUAUGUUAAGCAUUGUUCAAAAAUACUAGUAAGUCAUAAUUAUGCAGGAUUUUCACCAAAGUUUAAUACACAGAAAAAGCAUAUCAUUCAGGUUACUGAUAUAUCUUAACACUGCUUUCAUUUAAAACAGACAUUUAAAAUAAUACACAAGUUAGAGUAACAUUAAGGGCUUUUCCUCCCACUGGCAAUUAAAUGCUUUUGUUAUCUUCUUGAAAGAUGAUGUGGACCAACAGGUAUCAGACUUGCCAACAAGGUCGGUAGACUCUUCCCAGCAUACACCUGAGCACUGAAGGGGGAAAAAAGUUUAAAUUGUUUAAAGGACUAUAAUUAUCACACAAUAUAUAUUAAGAAAAAAAAUAAUGCAUCUAGUAAAACUAAUUCUGAGUAAAACAAAAUUAUAAUAACUAAUUAAAUGCAUUUUUACUGUUAGUUUGUUUACGAGAUGUCGGUCUCGCUAUGUUGCCCGGGUGGGUCUUGACCUGAGCUCAAGGGACUCUACUGCCUCAGCCUUACGAUUAGCUGGGACUACAGGCACAUCACCACCACACCUGACUUAAUUAAAUGUUUUUAAUCCCACAUUUUUGGUAGGUGUCACUUAAUAUCAACUAUAAUGGAACCAUGGUCUUAUUUUAUUUUGUUAUGAUUGGAUCCAAAUUCAGUUAAACUCAAGAGUUCUAUUUUAAGAUGUAAGAAUUAAGUUUUAAAAAAACUACUCACUGUCAAAAUCUCUCCUUCCUAUUGGAAAUUUAGCUGAGUUUUCUUCAUCCCCAAUUUCUCUCUUUUCUUGUGUUGAUUCAGUAUUCUGAACUCCAUUCUCAGCUGGGAAAGCUACAGAUCCUUUUAGUGCAAGAUAAGGUUUUAUAGCUAGAUUCAGUGGCAGACCACGAUUUAAGAAAUUAUGUUUGAAGCCUGUGUUCUGUAAAGAGAAGGUUGAUUUGUUUUUUAGCUGUCUUAUUGGGAAUAGAACUAUAAUGUUGUUUAAUAUUCUUAUUGCUCAAUUCAGAGGUGCUUUGCACCAUUUUUGACUCUUUAAAAAUACUUCAGAUAUAAGUUUAUUGGAAAAAAAACUUUUUUGUAUAAGAGUAAUUUUCCAGGAUGGAAGGAACCACCUGGUAUGUAUGAAAUAUCAUCAGUCGUUUUUAUGCAUACUGUGACUAUUUGCAUAUACUUCUAUUUAUAAAAUAGUAUCAAUUUUACUUUUUGGAAAAUUCAUAAAAACCAUUUAAAUUUCCAUUGAAAUAAACGACAAGUCACAUUGG